AUGAAAAUUAUUCAAAAUAUGGAGGAAAGAAAUGAAGCAAGUUUAGACAAAAAUAAAUCAUGCCCAUUAACUUCACAAAAUUCAGAAUUUUUUUUAAUAAAAGAAAAUGAAAUAAAUGAACGAAAUAUGAUGCCAAAUAUACCUAAUGCUCCAAUAGAGACUGAAAAAAAUGAUAAUAUACAAUUAAAUAAAAAAAGAGAGAUUUCAUCUAUUCCCAAAAAUAAUAACGAAUAUUGGUUAUACCCAUCUCCUCAACAAUUUUAUAAUUCAUUAAUUAGAAAAAAUAAAGACAUUGAUAAAGUUGAUGUUGAUUCUGUUGUAAAUAUACAUAAUGAUGUAAAUGAGGAGUCAUGGAAAAGCAUAUUAAAAUAUGAACAUAUGCAUAAAAAAAAAUGUGAAAAAGUAACUUUACAACGGUUUUGUGGAAAAUUUGAUGAUUUAUCUAUUAAGGCAAAAUUUAGGAGCGUUUUUUCCAGAUUAGGAAAGCCAUUUGAUAGACAUGAUUGGUAUAUAGACAGAUGUGGACAGGAAGUAAAAUACAUUUUGGAUUAUUAUAAUGAUGAAUCAAUAAAUGACGAUAAAAAUAUAUAUAUCGAUGUAAGACCGGCUAUGAGAAAUUUGUCAACAAUUUGGGACCGAAUUCGAUAUCCUUUUUACGAGCUUUAUUUUAAGCACAUAAAAAAAGACGAACUCUUUAAAUAA